AUCGAUUUCUUUCGCGUGUCUUUUCGCGUGUAAGCGUUGUUAGCUUCUAACAGCCGUGCAGCGGCAUACGUUUCGUCUAUCCUCGCGAAAAGCGCUGAGAACCGCGAAGUGCCGCGCGCUGUCUCGCCACUCCAGUGCUUCCCGUCCGUAACACCCGUCACGUUCACUCACAAACUGAUUGAGUCGCACCGUAAUCAUUCCGGGCGUACAAUAUCUGUUUCCUGUUUUUAGCAUUUCAGUUGUGCUCAUCGUACUCUAUCCGAACAAAGUGAAAGGUGGCUCGUUUGUUGCCGAUAUAGUUCGGCUAAGUGUAUCCGUUUUUCAGUAUCAUUGUAAUUCAUACACGAUAGUGACGAGUAAAAUAGAUAGCAAUAAUAACAGCGCGAGAAAUCGGUGGCUAUUGCUUGGACGGUACCAAAACGAGAUAAUAAUAAGAGUUUCAGUGCGCAGAUAUCUAGCGUUCAGUUAAUCCUCGAAAUGCUUAUACUGUCGGUUACGUAACCUUAAGUUGAAAAUUGCAUAAAUUGAGUGAAUGUUUACAGUUUUUGUUGUUUAUCUUGCCCCAUAGUCAGAUACUAAUUGACGAGUAUCUAUAAUCAAGAAGUGGUUGGUGAGUGCUCGUUAACUCGCUCAUAAAAGGUGCUCAAGGAGAACCACCGUAUUCAGCAUGAAGCUCGUCAGCAUUGGUCUGACCAUUCUGGUCGGACUUUGUAGCGCCUUCGUCUGCAAUGCAAAAGUAUCCCAUAAGGUGCUUUGCUCGGAGGACCUAAUGCGAGCUCACGUGGUACUACCAACGAACGAGUCCAAAACAGCCGUCUACUUGGAGGGCAUGAAAGGCUAUCCUGAUCCAAAGUGCAAACCCACAAUCAACGAUACGUUGGCUCAAUUUGAUCUUUCACUCGCCAAUAUUUACGAGUGUGGUGUUACCAGAGUGGUCAACAAGCUCACCGGGAAAAAAGUAUUCUACCACCGAAUCAUUAUCGAGGGUGACCCGCAGAAUGGAAAGGAGAUAAUCAGCGUCAAAUGUAUCACUAAUGGACCGCUUUAUAACGUGACGCAUGGAAUCGUUAAGCGAGAUGUGCUGCCCGCUGGGUUUCAGGAACCAGAAGAGCUCGAGAUCACCUCCAACAUUACCAAAACAGCUCCAGAGCCGUUACUGAGUAUUGCCGUUCGUCAAGGAGAACAGCUAGUUUCUGGCGAUUUAAACGUAAGCCCAGGGACAAACCUCCAGAUGGAAAUUUUUCUCGAUAAAAACUCUGCUCCAAUUUAUGGCCUUGGAGUGAACUACAUGCAAGUGACAGAUACUUUGUCGCAAGAAGAAACAAUCAUUUUCAACGGGUGCUCUGUUGACCCUUACCUGUUUGAAAAUUUCAAUACCGUGGAUGGUGAUUUGCUGGUGGCAAAAUUCAGAGCGUUCAAGUUCCCGGAAUCCACCUAUGUCCAGUUUCGAGGAACCGUAAACGUUUGCGUAGAUCGAUGUAAAGGAGUUACGUGCAGCAAUGGUCAAACUGCGUUCGGCCGGAAACGACGCGAAAUAAGCCAAAGCUUGGUCGAUCCAAAUAAAGUAUAUGAAGUUACAAUGACCACAUUUAUAAAAGUUAAUUAUGAUAAAGAUGCUGAUAAAGGUACGGCGACGGACAUCGAUCAAAAGUUUCGACAGCUGAAAUUAAACAACCAAAAGCUGGCCCGUAAUAGCCGAGCUGGAAACGUAUUUGAAAGUAUUCACGUGUCAAAGACUGGCGGAUCGAGCCCUAGUGAAAACGCAAAGGUAGAAGAAACGAUUCUUUUUACCAGGGAGAUUAUCAGUCCACCAGACGUGAAUAUGGAUACGAGUGGUAGCAGCAGACAGUAUUUGACAUCAACUAGCUUAACUAUUGCUUUGCUACUGUGUGCAAACAUAAUCCUCUAAACUAACGAUUUCCUACUAACGAUCUCAGUGGACCAGUUUUCUGACGGAUUGACUAACGGACGUAUGAGUAGUAGACUGGCCUGAAGAACUUCGCGUGUGCUUUGUAAUUAAAAUCUGUGAAAGUGAGUUUCUGGUUUAAUUUGAACUAUCUAAAUUUUAGGGCUUUUCUAAAUAUGACAAAAACGAUUAAUUGUUUGAAUUUCAAAAAUAGACUAAACAGAAGACGCUCUCUUUCUGUUAGAACUCGAUAGUACAAAUUUCAACAGAAACAAAAACUCAACAGAACAACGUCAACAAAUACACAUUUUUCAAGAAUAGGUACAUAGAGCUAACACAUAAACAAACGGUGAACUAAGACAAUUUUCACACUAUACGAAGCCCUGAUCCAUGUGGUUGACUAAUGCGAUGAUGUGCAACUGCUUGUAAAUACCUCGAAGUGUUAGAUCAUAGCAAUAUUGACGAAAAGCUUAUCUAUCAAUAAUCAACAAAUCUAACGUUUUAAUAGGAGACAAAACUGCCGCAAAUAUUUUAGUGAACACAGAUUUUUAGCAAUCGUUUUAUUAGAAAUGUGAAUUUUACAAACGACAUGUGAUGAUAGAUCAAAACUAUAUCUAUAUUCGUGCUGCUUUUCAGUGGAUUGGCAAUAAGGAGCUUUCGAAAAAUUUCAAUAAAGUUCGGUAAAACGAUAAGCAAUGUAAGUUAUACUAGUCUAAUACAUGUAAAGCAAUUCCAGCGGUAGAGAAGUUAGUGUAAAAUACAUGCGAAGGCAAAAACAUGAUUUGAUUAAGUUGAGCGGAAAACAUUUUGAAUAAAGCGCGAAUAUUAAAUAAAAAGAAUCCAUCGAUAAGCGGGCCACGUGUGAUGUUCUCGAACUUGACGGUUUCCUUGGGUUAUUUUGGCGAUUAAUACAUAUUUUUAAUAACUUUACUUUGCAAAUAUCAUAUGAAUAAAGAAGAAAGAUUUUAGUAGUAGAUUCUAUCAGAGAAAAAAUCGGUCUUGCACAUACCUGUUUAAAAUUCUGCUAAAAAGCUCAGGAAUAAUACUUUUUCAUUUUUUAAAGUAUCAACUAGGUCUUAUAAGAUUCUAUUUGAAGAUUGCUCUAAUAUACUACUAAUUGAACAACAUGCAGCUGUUUAGAAUUUAGAAGUUUAACAAUAUUAUUAAUCUUAAAACAAAGAGAUACCAUUCCAUAUAUCAGAAACAAUGCCUACGUUAUGAAAAUAAGCAUUUUGAAUGAAAAAUGCAAUAAAUAUAAUAUGAUUUCAAUAUGGUGCCUCCUUGAUCUUUCCAUUAGCAUCGCAAUAUUAACUGUUAAUUGUUACAAUAUAUACCAUUGACAUAUAUUGUAACAAUCACCAAGUUAGUUAGAUUCGAUAUUUUAUUUCAUUUUUCCUACUAUCAGUCGUAUUUCAUAUAGGACUAUAAACCAACAAUCCACAUGCGGCCCACUUAUUGCAUGGACUAGGUAGAAUUAAGGCUAUUGUAAAAUACUAAAUUUAUGUCAAUAAAACACUAACGAAGUCUAAUAGAUUCAAUCCUUUGUGAUGACACGAUAAUAAUUUCAAAAUAUUUAGGUACUUAUAGGUAGCCUUUUUGAAGAUUUUCGCAAAAACGCCUAAUUAAUGCAUCUAUUGUUGAAAACAGUCCACAGACUGCCAAAGACCAAUGGUGU